ACCUCAGGCGUGCUCUAUCUCGGCCGCGUCCCUCACGGUUUCUACGAACAAGAGAUGCAGAGCUACUUUUCACAGUUUGGUGAGAUUGUCCAGCUACGUCUGUCACGCUCGAAAAAGACUGGCAAGUCAAAGCACUAUGCCUUCAUUGAGUUUGCCGACCGUGAAGUGGCAGAGAUUGUUGCGCGGACCAUGCAUAACUACCUGCUCGCUUCAUCGCUCUUGCAGGUGAAGCUCAUGUCGGAGGAGGAGAUUGAUGCGAAAGGAGGCAAACAGCAGCUCUUCAAGGGAGCAGGCCGCCGGUUCAAGGUGGUGCCUUGGUCGCAUAUUGCAAAAGAGCGAGUGGAAAAGGCCAAGACGACGGAGCAGUGGGAGGCAUUGCAGCAGAAGCACGAGCAAAGACGGCAGGACAAGAACGAGGAACUGAAGAAGGCGGGCAUUGAUUAU